AUGGCCCAACCGAACCCCGCGUCGACCCCGGCGCCCCUCUAUCUGACUGGCAACAAAGAUGGUCUCCGCGAAUUCUUGAGCAAGUUCGACGUCUUCUUGUUCGACUGCGACGGUGUCUUGUGGUCGGGCGACCACAUCUUCCCCGGGACAGUCGAAACGCUGGAGUUAUUACGCAAGAACGGCAAACAAGUGGUAUUCGUGACGAACAACAGCACAAAGUCUCGCGCAGACUACUGCAAGAAGUUGCAAGGUCUCGGAAUCCCAAGCACAGUGGAAGAGGUCUUUUCGUCUUCGUACAGCGCUUCAAUAUACAUUUCGCGCAUUCUUGACCUCCCAAAGGAUAAGAAAAAGGUAUUUGUGAUCGGCGAGACUGGUAUUGAGCAGGAGCUGCGCGCCGAGAAUGUCCCCUUCAUCGGUGGUACGGACCCGGCAUACCGCCGUGACAUCCAGCCCCAGGACUACAAGCUCAUCGCGGAGGGUGAUUCUUCCAUUCUGGACCCAGAGGUUGGCGUUGUCCUCGUCGGUCUGGACUUCCACCUGAACUACCUGAAGCUUGCACUAGCCUUCCACUACGUCAAGCGUGGCGCAGUCUUCCUCGCUACAAACAUCGACUCCACGCUGCCGAACUCGGGCACGUUGUUCCCUGGCGCUGGAUCUAUGAGCGCACCACUGAUCAUGAUGCUUGGUUCGGAGCCUACUUCACUCGGAAAGCCAAGCCAAGCCAUGAUGGAUGCCAUCGAGGGCAAGUUCAAGUUCGAUCGUAGCCGUGCAUGCAUGGUCGGAGACCGUGUCAACACUGAUAUCCGCUUUGGAUUGGAGGGCAAGCUGGGCGGUACCCUUGGUGUUUUGACCGGUGUAAGCUCUAAGGAUGAAUUCGUCUCUGGUGCCGUGCGUCCUCAUGCUUACUUGGAUAAGCUGUCGGAUCUGUUGGGGUCGGGUCUGUGA